CUUUCAGCUUCAGUUCAACUUUGCCUGUCUUUAUUUCAAAGAAGCUAUUCUGAAUACGUGGUCUGCUCUUAUAGCAGACAUUUUAAGACAGGAGUUACAGAGCGCAGAGGACAAGGUGUGUACAUCGGCACAUCUUAUUGGCAUUUGCCAUCCCAUAGUGAUCUCAAAAGUGAACAGCAGGAUAUUUACGCCAUGAAGGAUGCAACCAAGGAGAAGCACCAGCGGGACAAGAAAGUCUCUGCUAACAGUGGAAAUGCCUCAAACGCAUCCAACCUAAAUUCAAAUAACAGCUCCUCCUCAAGUAAUGGAGCUACAAUUAAAAUGGAACCAUCAGAUGCCCCCAUGACUCCAAUGAAGGAGGAGGUUGGGAUUAAUGGUACCGAAGAUAUUAAACCCAAUAUCAUUGGGUCUACUAAUAGUGGCACUGUAUCCUCAUCAUGUGAUCCUCCUGACUCCUCAUCAGAUCUAGGAUUGGAUUCAUCUGAUGUAAAGCCUGGUGACUCUAGUUUACAAGAUGGCUCUCCAUCCUGUAAAAUACCCAAGACUGAAGACCCUAGUAGUAGCCACGACUUUGGUUCUGAUCUAUGUGAUAGUAUGGGGCUUUCUGGAGAAGGCGGCCCCUCGGGUCCCCCUGGCAGCACCGCUGGGGGCACCUGCUCCAUGGGCGGGCCCAUGGGGGGUCCCAUGGGUGGUCCCAUGGGAGGCCCCAUGGGGGGUCCUCCCGGACCUACCCCUCCGUUACCUCCAACCAGUGGAGCGGGGAUGGAUGGGUCGUCCCAACCCUUAGCCAGCAAUGUCAUGGGCAAACAGCAGCCAUCAAGUAUGGAAGCACAAUACAUGCAGCAACAAAGUCAAAUCUUCGUCUUCUCCACAACUCUUGCCAACAAAUCUGCCGAAGCUGUUCUUCAGGGACAUUUCCCCUCUAUAAUUGCAUAUCACUGUUCACAACCAGGCACAAAAAAGUAUUUAGAGAAACAUCCGCUCAAAAUGAAUCAAUUUAAUCGCCAAAACCCUGCUCAGUGGCUCAACAACCUAGCGCAGAUGAAGCAAAAGGGAGGCCCUGGCGGGCCUGGAGGUCCGGGAGGCAUGGCGGGGCCCCCCAACAAAUGUGGCAUGAUGGGACCGGGAGGGCCCGGCGGACCUGGAGGCCCUAUGGGUCCUGGGGGCCCUAUGGGACCCGGCGGCCCCAUGGGACCUGGAGGCCCUAUGGGACCUGGAGGCCCUAUGGGAGGUGGCCCAAUGGGAGGUGGACCUAUGGGUGGCGGACCCAUGGGAGGUAAUCCCAUGGGCGGCGGACCUAUGGGAGGCGGACCUAUGGGAGGUGGGCCUAUGGGCCCAGGCUCAUUUCCGGGUGAUAGUGGAGGCCCAAUGGGUCCCAUGGGACCUGGAAACGCCGGUGGACCAAUGCCUAUGUGGAAUCAGGGUGGACCCGGAGGCCCCAUGAUGGGACCUGGCAUGGGACCCAACUGCGGCAUGGGCCCUGGCGGCCCUGGCGGUCCAGGCGGUCCUGGACACAUGGGCGGUCCAAUGGGCCCUGGCGGCCCCAUGUCUGGCCCGCGGCCUGGUGGACCCGGAGGCCCUGGAAGUGGCCCCGGAGGGCAGGGUGGUCCCGGCGGCCCUGGUGGCCCGGGUGGCCCCGGUCCAGGUGGGCCUGGUGGCCCCGGCUCAGGUGGCCCUGGCAGUCAAAGUGGACCCGGUGGCGCAGGCGGUCCGGGCGGCCCAGGCCCGGGCGGCCCAGGAGGUCCCAACGGACCAGGUGGCCAAAGCGGUCCAGGCGGCCCGCAAAACCAAGGACCUUCCGGACCCCCCGUGUCAGGCGCCGGCCCCACCACGCCGUCAGGACUGAACGGGCCUUCUGCCGAGGACGCCCUCCUUGGAGAGCUCGGAGGCGCGCACCCUUCUCUGCAAGGUGUCAAGGUCCCCGACGAGAACCUGACUCCCCAGCAGAGGCAGCACCGGGAGGAGCAGCUUGCCACGCUGCGGAAAAUGCAGCAGAUGCUGUUCCCCGAGAACCAGGGCGACGGCAAGGGCUUUCCCGGCGGCCCCGGCGGGCCCACUCAGAUGGACUGGCAGAAGAUGCAGCAGAUGCAGCAGCUGCUCGAGGGCAAGAAGGGUGGUCCGAACAUGGGCCCCAUGGGUCCCAACGGCCCCAUGAUGGGCCCCAACGCUGGCAUGAUGGGCAACUUGGGCCAGAACGGACCCGGCAUGGGCCCUGGAUUCCCAGGCAUGGGACCUGGGGGAAUGGGCCCGGGCGGCAUGGGUCCCAACGGGCCUGGCAUGGGCCCGAAUGGUCCGAUGGGUCCCAAUGGGCCUGGCAUGGGCCCCAACGGGCCCAUGGGUCCGAACGGUCCAAUGGGGCCUAACGGGCCAAUGGGGCCGAAUGGUCCCAUGGGCCCCAACGGGCCUGGUAUGGGUCCGGGUGGCCCGAUGGGUCCCAACGGCCCAGGCAUGGGCCCCAAUGGUCCGAUGGGUCCUAACGGCCCUGGCAUGGGUCCCAACGGCCCUGGCAUGGGUCCUAACGGUCCUGGAAUGGGCCCGAAUGGUCCGAUGGGCCCCAACGGCCCCAUGGGUCCCAACGGUCCCGGCAUGAUGGGCCCGGGCAUGAUGAUGGGCCCUGGCGGCAUGGGCAUGAUGGGCGCGGGGCCACGGCCGGGCGGUCCCAGAGCACAAGGACCUCCACCGCCAUACCACCAAACGCCGCGGUCGGCGAGCGUCCCCAUCGCAGCCCCGUCGCCCACGCCCGGCUCGCCCAACAACCCCACGUCCAACCUGUCGCUGCCCUCGCCGCGGACGUCGUCGGGACUCAACUCCCCCGCCGAGCCCGCGCGGUCCGGGGGGUCCGGCGUCAACGCCAACCCCUCGACGGACUCGCCCAGCGCGGCCCGGCAGCACAACCACAGCAACCCCAGCACGCCGGUGUCCUGCGCGCCAGCACACAUGUCACCGCCCGCCGGACGCAAGGAGGGAUCGCCCCACACGGGCAGCGCCGCGCCGCCGCAGCAGAGUCCGGAUGGGAUGUUCUGUCGGACGUUGCAAAACCUCGCUCAACAACAACAGCAGCAGCAACAACAACAGCAGCAGCAGUCUGGACAGCAAGGGAAAGAGCCCAACCUAAUGCCCGUGCCAUCACCGCAACAAAUUCAGUACCUUAAUGCCUUUGAGGGUCAGGAGUUGACGAUCCAGAAGCAACCAAAUACUAGUUUGAAGGAACCUAACAUUUUAUCUCCCCCGCUGGACGGCGGCAUGUCGGAACCGAGCGGCCCGCGCGAGCCCGGCACGCCGGUGACGCCGUCCUUCCCCGGCACCCCCAGCGACGGCGGUCACUUCCCCGUGCCCAGUCCGCACACGCCGGCCGGCCCCGGCGGCCCCGGCGGCCCCCAGGACAACAAGCAGGGCCGCUUCUCGGGGUCGCGGACGCCCGUGUCGGGCGCGGACACGCCCAGCAAGACGUGCCCCAGCCCGGCCGGCGUGGACGGCAUGGGCCCCCCGCGGUUCAUGGGCGCGCCCGGCGGCCCCGCGUCGUCGCCGUCGCCCUUCUCGCAGCAGACGCCCCCCGGCAAGGCGUCGCUCGACGUGUCGUCGCCCGGCAAGGACGGCUCGCCGUGCGGGCGCCCCGACAACGCGCCGCUCAACACGAGCACCGCGUCGCAGCCCGGCCACGGCCAGCACGGCCAGCCCGGCAACGCCAAGGCGGCCGGAGUCUUCGACCCCAUCUCCUCGCUGGCGCAGAUGAACCAGCAGCUCGCCAACAACGUCUCCGGCUCGCCCGGACCCAUGGGAGGACCCAUGGGUGGCCCGGGUGGACCCAUGGCUGGGCCCGGCGGGCCCAUGGGCGGCCCGGGCAUGAUGCCCUUCAACUCGCCGCCCAUGCACAUGAUGGGCAUGAACGACAUGGACAUGGCCAUGGGCAUGGACGGCAUGCCCAGCAACUUCAGCCCCGGCGUGCCGCAGGGCAGCAACCCAGGCUCGCCCAAGCCGCGAGGACCGUCACCGUUCCCCGGAGGGAUGGGGCCCAUGGGUCCGGGCAUGGGGCCCGGCAUGGGGCCUGGAGGAAUGGGCCCCGGCAUGGGUCCUGGAGGAAUGGGGCCUGGAAUGGGCCCUGGAAUGGGCCCUGGAGGAAUGGGACCUGGAAUGGGUCCUGGAAUGGGACCCGGCAUGGGUCCUGGAGGAAUGGGGCCCGGCAUGGGGCCCGGCGGCAUGGCACAGCGUAUGAUGGGGCCCGGAGGCCCCGCCAGAGGCCCUGGAGGUCCUGGGGGACCCGGCGGCCCGAACCCCUUCAACGGCGCCAACGUGCAAGUCAAGGCCAGCGCGCCCAACACCAUCCAGUACAUGCCGGCCAGGCCGCAGAACGCGGGCAGUGCCGGCCCCAGAGGGCCGCCCAGCCUGGAGUUCCUGCAGCGCGUCACCAACCCCGGCUCCGGCCCGGGGCCCAACAUGUACCCCAACAGUUCGAGUGCGCCCAGCACCCCGACGUCGUGCGGCCCCAUGGGCGGCAUGGGCAUGAACGGCAGCAGUCCCUGCGGCCCCAUGGGGGGCAUGGGGCCCAUGGGCAUGGCCGGCAGCCCCGGCAUGCCCGGCCCCAACACGCCCACCAGCGUGGCUAGCGGCCCCGGAGGGCCUGGGGGACCUGGAGGGCCCGGAGGACCUCAGCAGGGCCCUGGCACGCCCGUGUCGCAAGGGCCCAGCUCGGCUGGAUCGGCGGGACCCAUGUGCUCGGCGGGCCCAGGCUCGGGGCCCGGCGCCGGCAUGAUGAACAUGGGCAUGGGCGGCAUGGGCAUGGGUAUGGGCGGCAUCAGGCCCGGCGGGCCCAACAUGGGUCCAGGCAACCAGGGUAUGGGCCCUGGAAACCAAGGAAUGGGCCCUGGUAAUCCAGGCAUGGGCAUGGGAGGCCCGAACAUGAUGUCUGGCGGCCCGGGCAUGAUGUCCGGUGGACCUGGAAUGGGUCCUGGAGGCCCUGGGAUGGGACCCGGGAUGGGCCCUGGAGGUCCUGGAAUGGGACCAGGCGGCCCAGGCAUGGGCCCUGGAGGUCCAGGGAUGAGUCAAGGUGGACCGGGCAUGGGUCCUGGAGGUCCCGGAAUGGGACCUGGAGGUCCUGGAAUGGGUCCUGGUGGACCAGGUAUGGGCCCUGGUGGUCCUGGAAUGGGUCCUGGAGGCCCUGGAAUGGGUCCUGGAGGCCCUGGAAUGGGCCCUGGAGGUCCUGGAAUGGGAGGCAUGCCUGGGGGGCCUAUGGGGCCUCGCGGGCCUGGCCCGAUGGGGCCUAACAUGAGGCCUGGCAUGGGCCCUGGUCCUGGACAGUGUGGAAACAUAAUGGGCAUGGGUAUGAGAAUGCCUGGUGGUAUGAGCAUGUAUCCUGGAGGCCCCCACGGUGGACCUCACGGUGGGCCUCAUGGAGGACCGAACCCUGGUGAGAUGGGGCCUAACAAUCAAAUGUUUGUCCCUGGUGCAAAGUCUUCCCCAAUGGACGCCAGUCAACCCUUACCCCCUUCGAACUACAAGAAUUCCACCUUCAUUGGGCCCACCACAGCGGACCCCAAUUAUGCCCAACAGUUCCAUAAUUUCCAACAGCAGCUGUAUGCAACUAAUACAAGAAGCAACAACCAGUCGUUUAUCUUUCCCAAGUGAAGUGUCCGCCAUAAGUGAACCAGGUGCUAGUCUGCUGCUCAUGACUCGUAGGUUAGUGCCAACUAGUGUGCAAGGACUCUUGACGGAACGGUUGUGUACAUAAUUGUAGCCUUAAGCCGUAAACCAAAAGGGCGUGUACAUUUAAUGAAUAUUGCUAUAUAUUAUGAAACCAUCCGUCCACAUGAACUCUUAAUGACAUGUACUAAUUGGUAACGUAGCAGUAUUGUGAACAGUUGUUAAGCCUUUUUAUUUAUUAUGGGCUCAUCCCGGUCGGUCUUGAUAUAUUGUUCAUUUCAUACUCAUUAAAAUGGCAAUAUUAACAUUGGCUAGAUACUCAUUUUUGACUGGUUUGUAUUUAUAUUAUGUAAUUCUGUACAUUUUUGUUUUAGCAAUCAUUGUGGCAUUCAAAUGAUAACAGAUAGUGAAGUUAUGAAGUCUGCUCCAGGGUACAAAUUGACCUCUUUUAUUUUUAUAAAAAGUGAAUGCCUUUUUAUUGACGCUUUUUUUCUUGCCUAGGGGUGUGUAAAGCUUUAAUCUGAACUGGGCAGCAAGAGUGGCUCAUCCUAAACUUAGUCAGUUCUAAAAGACUUAUUUUUUGUAUGUGGAUACGAAACACAUUGUAAGGCUUGGUGAACUUUUUGCCCGUCAUCGUUAGUUGUAAACAUUAUGAUGGGUUGUUAUACUUAGUAUUUAACUUUAUAAAUCUAUUCAGUUUUAAUUGUGUAAUUGUAUUAGUCUAGUUAUGCUUGGCUCAAGUUUUGAUUUGACUGAAUUUUUUUUUUUUUAAUUGCACACCCCUGCAAGCCCUUGUCAGUGUAGGUGUCAACAGUUUAAAUAAAUUGACCUGGUGUUAGAUUCUUGAUUUUGAGUCACUUUAUGAUUUAAGUGUAAAUAAAUUAAGUUUUGUGGUAUAUGAUCCGUGAUGGAUGUAAACCUGAAAGUGAUCAUUAGCCAUAUAUUUUUGGGCACAUUGCCCAAAAUAAUUUAUACUCUCAGAGAUUUUUGCUCUCUGUAAUUGUGACUGUUUUAAUUAAUUUUUCUUUUACAAGGAUAGGGUUUUGAAUUGUCUUUUAAUAUCUUCUCCUUAAGAAGUUAUUAACUUCUUGUCCCUUAUUAUUUUGAUGAUCAUGUUAUCAAAAGUCAAUAGGAAUGAAAUUUGUACCUGAAAUACCUGGGAUGUCCAGGUAAUGUUUAGCUGAAACAAGUAGACAUUCUUAGAGAUUUCUUUUACAAUUACAGACAACCCUUGGAGUGCUAAGCUAACAUGUUAACAUUGUUUUGCCCUCUUUUUAAAGAGUAUCUAAGGCCUAUUUGUUCUGAUUAUAUAUUAUUGUAUUUUUAUCUUUAUUAUUAUUUACAUUUGGCAACAAUGUUAAAUGUAAACUAUUGUGAAAUGUUGACUUUGAUGUAAAUAAAUCUGCAAUGAUUGAUCUGUGGUAAA